CCGGGAACAGCCCUGCGGGUCCUCGCGCCCCUGCUCUGGGGUCGCCACCUGGGCCGGCUCUGGGCAGGCCCGUACCUUUCGAUGCUGCCAGACCUGGGGCUGCGGAGCCGGCCUGGUGGCUCCUGCGAUGGCGGCGGAAGAGGAGGCUGCGGUGAGAGGUAAAGUGUUGCUAGAAGACAACCAGUGCAUGGCUCCCGUGGUUUCCAAUCAUAUUAGUACAUGGACAAAACCAACUGCUAGCAGAUCCUUCAGUACACAUGCGACAGAAUUUCCAAGAAAACGGAAAGGAAGUGAUUCAGAGCCAUCCCAAGAAGCUCAUAGCCAAACUGAAAAACGGAGGAGAGAGAAAAUGAAUAACCUGAUUGAAGAGCUGUCAGCAAUGAUCCCUCAGUGCAAGCCCAUGGCCCGAAAACGGGACAAACUUACGGUUUUAAGAAUGGCCGUUCAACACUUGAAAUCUUUAAAAGGUACGACAAAUUUUUAUGCAGGAGAUAAUUAUCAGCCUUCAUUUAUUCAGGAUGAGCUCAGACACUUAAUCCUUAAGAUUGCAGAAGGCUUCCUAUUUGUGAUUGGAUGUGAAAGAGGAAAAAUUCUCUUCGUUUCUAAGUCAGUCUCCAAAAUACUUAAUUACGAUCAGGCUAGUUUGACUGGACAAAGCUUAUUUGACUUCUUACAUCCAAAAGAUGUUGCCAAAGUAAAGGAACAACUGUCUUCUGAUAUUUCACCAAGAGAGAAGCUAAUAGAUGCCAAAACUGGUUUGCAAGUUCACAGUAAUUUCUACACUGGAAGGACUCGUGUGUGUUCUGGCUCAAGACGGUCCUUUUUCUGUCGGAUAAAGAGUUGUAAAAUCUCUGUGAAAGAAGAGCAUGAGUCCUUACUCAACUCAAAGAAGAAAGAUCAUAGAAAAUUCUGUACUAUCCACUUCACUGGUUACCUGAGAAGCUGGCCUCCAAAUAUUGUUGGAAUGGAAGAGGAAAGAGACAGUAAGAAAGACAGUAAUUUUACCUGCCUUAUUGCCAUUGGAAGAUUACAUCCAUAUAUUGUCCCACAGAGCAGUGGAGAGAUUAAAGUGAAACCAACUGAAUUUAUAACCCGUUUUGCAAUGAAUGGAAAAUUUGUCUACGUGGAUCAAAGGACAACAGCAGUUUUAGGGUAUCUGCCUCAGGAACUUUUGGGAACUUCUUGCUAUGAAUAUUUUCAUCAAGAUGACCAUAGUAAUUUGACUGACAAGCACAAAGCAGUUCUACAGAGUAAAGAGAAAAUAUUUACAGAUUCGUACAAAUUCAGAGCGAAAGAUGGCUCUUUUGUAACUUUAAAAAGCCAGUGGUUUAGUUUCACAAAUCCUUGGACCAAAGAACUGGAAUAUAUUGUAUCUGUCAACACUUUAGUUUUGGGACAUAGUGAGACUGUAGAAGCAUCAUUACUUCCUUGCAGCUCUCAAUCAUUAGAAGAAUCCUCCAGACAGCCUUGCAUUAGUGUGCCUGGAAUGUCUACUGGAACAGUACUUGGUGCUGGUAGUAUCGGAACAGAUAUUGCAAAUGAAGUUCUGGACUUACAAAGGUUACAGUCGUCUUCAUCCAUUGGCGGUUCAAGUGCAUCAGAUUUAAUGAAGGAUACUCACACUAUAAACUGCAGGGAUAUGUCAAAUAAGGAGUUGAUUGCACUAAGUCUUUCUGAAAUAGGGGAGCUAGAAGCUACAGUGCAAAACCACAGCACUGUUGCCCCACACAAUCACGAACCACUCCUAGGUGAUGGUGCCCAGUUAGAUUUUGAUGCCCUGUGUGACAAUGAUGACACAGCCAUAGCUGCCUUCAUGAAUUACUUAGAAGCUGAGGGGGCCCUGGGAGACUCGGGGGACUUCAGUGACAUCCACUGGACACUCUAGUGUUUGAUUAACUCCAAAAAUGAGAAAUGUUUUAAAGCAUUUCAUUUACAAAGAACUGUAUAUUCUUCUGUACUGUAUUGAUACUGUUUUUAUCCUUCAUUCCUAUCAACGGUCUACCAAUUUUUAUAGAUUUGCACCUUAUUUUCACAGAGGUAUGGGGAAAUGUGAUGUUUUCCUUCAAAUAGAACUUCUCAGAAUUUCCUACAGACCCCUUUACUCAGUGAACUGGCGCUAAAUCCACUAGUUGCUAUUUUUUGCUAAAAUAUUGCUAACCAAGAGUAUUGUAUACAUCAUGUUUUGGUUUUGUUUUUACUUUUUGGUGCAGUUUUUUUGAGUAUAGGAAAUUUAAUAUAUUGGCAUUCUUCCUUGUGUCUAAGAUUCAUGUGUAAUUGACUUAUAGUAGAUUUGUGUAAUUUGGAACAUUUCCAUUGCUUGUAUAUUUCCUUAACUGAGGAUAGGGCUUACAUACGUUUUAAGAAAUGGUGAGUACUUGAACAUUUAAAGGGACAAUGUAGUUUAUAGUCACGAUCACAGUGAAGACUAUAUUUGGUCUUUGUAGACUUGGGCAAGUACAAAGCCCGCAUAUUUAUGUUGAGCUCUUCAAGAUGGAUUUUAAAUGAGAUGAUUUUUUAAUAUUUAAAACUCAGGAAAAAAAGUUGAUAAGAGUUUCAACUUUGCUUACAGAAAAGAAAAGAUUUGGGGCCCUAGAUCUUGGUGAUUAACUUUUGCAUAUAGGUAUAUAAGAUUUACUCUUACUAUAACCAUUCAAGAUUUUCAUUAUAGAUAGAAAGUUUUUUGAUGCUGAAAAGUGUGUCGUAACUGAUUAAUCUUAGAAGAGGAAACAGACCCAGGAGGAUUAAAUGUCUUGUGUAAAGCCAAAAUGAAAUCCAUAUCUUUUUAAAUGUUUAAUACAUAUAAACCAGUUUCUUUCUACACAUUUGGGAAAGCAGUGGUCUCAGUGGUUAACUCAGCCAAGAACUAGUGGCCUUCUAGAUUAUUAGGCAAUUACAGUUACCUAUUGCCUAUAACCAAAGGCAAUUAUACACAUUGGAAAUACAUUAAAACCAUGAGGCGAUGAAAAGAAUUUAAAAACCACACCCUUGACAUGUCCCAGACCCAAGGCCCUAUGUCCCCAAGAUCCAGGGCCCUGUAUCCCCAAGGUUGGCAUUGGCCAUGACCUUCCUCAUAAGGCCCCUGAGCAUGCUCCCUGGGGCCUGCUGCAGAAAUUCCCGUCUUAGCCUCCCUUCUCCCAGGACUCUGCUCCUGGCUGCUUCAAAUGCUUCUUUUAAUCUUUUUUUUCUUUGCCUGUGUUUGCAAUUACUUUUCACUAAUGAUUUGGAAAUGGCCUUUUUAUUUUGCACGUUUAUGGAGGAAACUUAGGAGAGUCCAUUUUUAACUCUAAAGGGAACUUUUUUCUUUAAAACUUACUAGGAAAGCUACUGAUGCUGAUGGGCUUCAUGGUUAGUGGAAAACCUGUGUGGAAAGAGUGUGUUCAUUCCUCCUAUACGUUUUCCUCUUUUACCUGCUACUAAACAAGUGAGCCUAUAUACCUGUUUCAAAAGCCAUAAAAAAAAAUUUUUUAAAGAAUUUAAAAAACAAUUUACUAGCCAUAAUUAAAAAUUUCGAGGGCAUUUGUUAACCAGUAAUUAAUUCAGAGGUGGUUCAAAUUGAGUGCAAGAAUUAAGAAUAUUUAAAGUACCAUAUGUAUACCUACCAUUUUGAAGAUCAUCCUUUUAAUAGGUUUAAUAGGUCUUUCUCGUUUACUACGUAUGUUCCCAUAAGUUCUAUUUGGGCCCCUCAAAUGAGAAUAAGAUAGGCUAGGAAACUAGUGGGGAAAACCUAAGGCUCAGAUGUGGGGUUCACUUCCAGUUCUCUUUCUCUGGAUGGUUCUAUACCUUUCCAGUAGAUUUCCCUCAGAGCUUCUCACCAAAACAAAGCAUUAUUUUGAUCUUGCAUAUUUUUUCAGGCUGUCAGUAAUAGAUUGAACUUCCGUCAGAUGUGUUAAAGGCAACAUACCAACAGGCAAUAACCAAAAGCAGAUGUUCCAUUCAAACGUGACAUUUGCAGUGGCUGGGUGGGCCAGGAUAUAUUGACACAUUGUCCUCUUGAGCCAAUACAAUGUUCCAACAAUGUCAGAGGGUCAACACCACUCCUGGCUCUGACACUUUAGGUCUCGAGACAUCCAGGUUUAGAAUAAACCAAAGAAAUCCUACAAGAUGGGGGACACUGGUUUGCAGCAGCCUAAGCAUGAUAGUGAAGUCUGAGGAAGCAUGAAUGAUCACAUCUGUUCUCUAAGUCGGCAGAAGGACCCGCCUACAAACAUAACACCUUGGGCGUCUGAAGCAUUGCAGGUAAGGCUUGGCCUCCAGAAUUGACCCAUGCCAAUGGUGGCAGGAUAGGUCAUUGUGGCUAGGUGGUCUCAAGGGGCAAACCUUUAUGAUGCAAGGAUCUGAGAGGCAGAGUUUCUAGAGGCAAGCCACUGCUGUCUUGCACAGCAACAGUUUUUUCUUUGCAAGAGGAGGAGUUAUUGCAUAGACCUGUUGACAGAUAACCAACAGAAUGCUUUGAUCCUGUAAUAACCUACUCUAGUGUUUUUCUCUAGAUCCCCUUACCCUUGACCCAGAAUCCAAUCCACCCAUUGCCUAAUACUGUAGCUCUCCCAAGUUUAGUGUUUUCAUCAAAAUGCAUUUAUUUGCAUUUGAUUACGACUAGGAGUGGCAGAUAUUUUUAUGGCUUACUUGAUAUUACGUUUUCUCCUACCAGUUAUUUCUUGCAUUUUGGUGAAAAUAUCUAUACAUCGAAUGAAAGCAUCAUAAAAAGAGUACUCUAGUUCUCUUUUUCACUCUAAGUAUUACCUAUGGUAAUGUAGUGGCGUAGGAGGAGUGCCUAGAAUCCGGAGCCCACGCAGCCUAAAUUUAGCUGUGUGACUACAAGCAAGCCAUUUACACUCCAUACCUCAGUGUUCUCAUUUGUAAAAAGAGGUUCGAUCUCUGAGUUUACUUCCAGUUCUGAUUCUGUGAUUCUAAUCCACAGAACUUGAGCAUUCAGGUUAGACUAUAGAAGUGUGCUGCUGGCCACUCUGGUAACCACUAGCCACAUGUGACCAUUGAGCACUUGUAGCUAAUACAAAUUGAGAUGAGCUGUACAUAUAAAUUGCAUAUCAGAUUUCAAACACAAAAUAUCAAAUUAACAAUUUUAUAUCGAUUACAUGUUCAGAUAAUAUUUUGGAUACACUGAAUUAAAUCAAGCGUUAAUUUUUACUUUUCUAAUGUGGCUCCUAGAAAACUUAAAAUUACACAUGAAGCACAUUUUAUAUUCCUAUGAUACGAUUCUGCCCUAGAACGUUUUAUUAAGUGAAAAUGAUUGAAGUAGACCAAAGGUUAUGCUAUGAGUAUGAUACUUUCCUCCAAAUGCUGUGGUUUAAAAAAAACAAUUGUGUAUUGAUCCUUGAUUUUGUACAAUCAAAUAACUGAACCUCUAGCCAUGUAUAAAAUUUAAAACUUUUUUGAAACUAGUAAACUCAAAAAUGUGAUCAGAUAUUUUAGUAUAGGAUGAUACCCUGAAACAAAAUAAAACUCAAGGUAUAUGUUGAUACAGUACGGUACUCACUAAAUUUGGAAAUCCAUUGAGAAACAAAAAGACAAACAGGAAAAUGCAAAAUAGAGAUUUUUGGUAAAUAAAUGGGAUUAAAGUAUUUAAUUACAGUGUCACCAUGGGUAAAGGUUGUAUUCGAGUCUUAUUCUUUGAGGAAUCUCUGUAGAGUCUAGGGCAUAGGUAGAUGAAAUAGCGCUAUCUAGUUGUUAGACCAGGUUUAGUAGUGUCCAGUUUCAGAUCCCAUUCUAAAGAGGUAUCAACCACUCAGGUGGGUCAUUGGUUGGCUCUGGAAUCGGAGAUUCAGACUUGCCAAGCACAGAAUUACAGGCAAAGCAGGGCUGACAUCAAUAAUCAAAAGCCAUAAAGAAAAACUGCUAAGUGGCCAGUAGGUGUCACUUUUCCAUUUCUACAGUGCUUUGUUUUCAUUAGGUUAAGUUUUCCAAGUUCCAUGAGACCUAGGAGAGGCAUUUAUCACUUGUGUGUCUAGAAUACGUCUGCUUCUCUGGUAUGGGUUGUUUAUGGGAAAUGCUUCUUAAGUGAAGAUCCUUCCACAUAAAAGUUUGAUUUAGGGAACUUUCUAGAUGUAGCUCCAGCAAAAAGCCGACCUCAUAAAGAAAACCUAUCAACAUGGACUGUGUUUUCUCAACUCAUUUGAGAGUGUAUGGUGUGUGCAUCACUGUUCAUACAUCCUUUAGAUUUGUCUUUUAUACACUUUUUAGCUUUUUCCAGUUCACUGGCACUUGUCUGUAUAUUGGUAUUUUUUAAAUUUUGUGGUAAAUAAUG